CACUAGAUCUGUUUGAUUUAUUUUACCGGGCGCAGGUCUAAGGAGCAGUGGCAUGGUAUAAACAGGCCAAAUCUGCUCAAUGAGCGCGCCAGGCGAGGUAAAUUAAGCGCACCUAAAAUGUUGUACAUGCGCAGACCAUACAGUCAUUGGCGCAGACAGCCAGUAAUGUUGACAAACAACUGGGGAGAGGCCAAUUGCACGGUAAGUGAAAUAUUCCGAUCUUGUAUGUAGCUAUUGUACAAAUAAUGUAUUCUCUAUGCAAUUAAAUGUUUCAAACAGCGUUGUACAAAUGGCUUUAUUACUGGCUAAAUAGCUAACGUAAGUUUACGUUAAUUCACAACAUUAGCUAGUAGCAGCUAGCUAUAGCAAAGGUGCUUUGUUUAACUGACCCGUCGCAGCUUGAAGGAACCGCUGGAAUAAUGCAGAUUUGGCUUUUCGAAUUUUGACAUUUAGCUGCAGCUGUUUGCAUGACGUUUUCGCCAAUGAAAUGAUCUGGAAAGUUACAGGGUAACAGUAGUUAUUUGAUGAAUGAGGUUUCAAGCUCGCGGCUACAUUGUAGGGGGCAACAUCCACUGUAACUACUGAAGGGGCCUAAAGAGUACUGUUUCACUCCAAUCAAACAUACCGUAUAACUGGUUCCUUGGAGGCUUUCUAGAUGGAUACACGCCGAGCCAGUACCAGUUUUUGGAAAUCAGAGGUUUCAGGUUUGUGAUUGGGUAUCUAUAGCCUAGUUUGUUUUCCCCAAAAGAUUUCCAACUUUACCUUUUUCCUCAAGCCUGUUUAGCUCCCGGGUGAAUGAAGGAGAUUCUCUUUCCAGUUGACACUGUGGAAAUGAAGGGUCAACAAAAAAGCCCUGACCCGGAUGAAAGUGCACAUGUCAUUGAAGAAGGUGCAGUGGCUACAGCAGAUGACCCAUCAGCUGCCAUCGCCACCAUUCAGUCUGCCGCCACCUUCUCCUCAGAGAAUCCAAUAAAGUAUCUAUUCAAGACGGAGGGAGCUGGGGGGCAGGUAGGGGAGCUGUACUACCCUCCCGCUGGGCAGGUGACAUACAGAGUUAUCCAGGUGUCUGAUGGACAGUUGGAGGCUCAAAGUGAUGGAGCCACAGCGGUCAGUGUGCUAACUGGAUUUCCUGCAGCCACACAGCCUGUGACCCAGGCUUUGUACUCUCAGUCCGAGGGGUUGGAGGGGGACGGCACUGAGACGCAUUACACCUACUACCCUGCAACCAUCGCUGAUGCUGCACCAGGCGCCAUGGUAACCAGCGUGGUGCAGGCAUCUGAUACACAUCUAAGUCAGAGCACUCCCACUGGGCAGUUGUAUGUGAUGAUGUCCCCCCAGGAAGUGCUGACGGGAGCCAACCAGAGGUCCAUUGCACCUCGCACACAACCUUACAACACAAAAUCAGAGGUCCCACGCACUUCUAGAGAUGACAAAAGACGAGCCCAGCACAACGAGGUUGAACGUAGACGUAGGGACAAGAUCAACAACUGGAUCGUCACGCUCUCCAAGACCAUCCCAGACUGCAACAUUGACCCUACCAAGUCAGGGCAGGUCAGUAUCAGCAAUGAGAGUAAAGGUGGGAUCCUCUCCAAAGCCUGUGACUAUAUCCAGGAGCUUCGGCAGAACAACCUCAGACUGGGGGAUGACCUAAGCACCCUGGAUAGGCUCAGAAUGGACAACCAACUACUGAGGCAGGAGGUAGAAGACUGGAAAUCCAAGAACCAGAUUCUGAGGAACCAGAUGCGACAGAAUGGCAUUGUUGGAGCAGCAAGCGCAGACCCUCAGUGAGGAGCAGCAAGGGUAGUCAGGGGAGAAUAUCUCAGUGGAAUGGAACUUUGGACCUCAAACUAAAAGAAAAUUCUCACUACACAAACUUCACUACAAAAUCAGUCUGAAGGAGUUUGCAAGAUAGUUCAUUAAAUGGCUGCAUUUUACAUAAGGAAAACCAUGUUAGCUCUUGUAAGUAAAGAUUUUUCCCGCAGCUCUUCAGCUGUUAUGUACAUAAUUGUUUAGCUUUUUUAUCUUUUUGACACAAUUGCGCUUCAUUGUAUCAGGUAUAUAUACUAACUCAUAGUAUAGGUUUCAAAAUACAUUUGACACAUCUAGAGUAUCGGAUGUCCCCACUUGCAGAAAUGACUCAAUGUUGUUUUUCUAAAUUUGUCAACGGGAAAUAUAUUAUAAUGAUAUAUAUUGUAAUAAAGGAUAUUUGUAUUGAUAAA